AGCAUCAUCAACUGAAAAAAAACGUAGCAUGUUUUAGGGUUUUAUGGAAUAAACAAUCUAAAGUCCUGCUGAAGAUAGUAGGGGAUAAUCGAGUGAGGGGAAAAAAGAAUGGAGACAUCUCUGAGAUAUGGAGGAGAUUCGAAAGCUCUAAGAAUCCAUGCGAAGGAGAAAGUCCCAAUCGACUCGAACACUUUCUUCCAGGUUCAUGGAGAGCUUGAUACGAGAGUCGGGCAAGCCAGUUCUCUGAGUGCCCAAAUUAGACAUUUCUACCCCUCGUUAUCAGCAACACUUGGUGUUGGAUUGCGCUAUGAUAAGCAUGAGAAGCUACGCUACACUGUGCGUGCAAAGAAGACAUUCCCUGUCACCGUUGAUAAGCUCUUUGACUUUAAAAUUAAGGGACGAUGUGACGUUGACCAGAACUUUAAAGAGAGGAAGUCUAGUGGAGCUGCUGAAUUCUCAUGGAACAUAUUUAAUUUUCAGAAGGACCAAGAUGUUAGACUUAGACUUGGUUAUGAAGUCUUUGAACAGGUUCCUUAUGUGCAGCUUAGGGAGAAUAAUUGGACCUUCAAUGCAGACUACAAAGGUAGAUGGAGUGUGAGAUUUGAUUUAUGAGAUUAGUAGAGAGCUUUUCUGAAGACUUUAUUGUUGUAUGUGUGAUUUUUUCUGAAGAGCUACAUAGCUGAUACUUCAUUGGAAAUCAAUUGAUAUCAAAUUAUCAAUCAUUUGGAGCUGUAAUUGAUUCUCACCUCAAACUCAUACCCAAGCAACACCCAAAGAAUGAUAUUAUAAUAAAAAAUGGCACAAUCCGUAGCUUUUAUAUCUGCUCAGAA